AUGUCAUUCUUCGAAUUAGUUCACGAUGCACCACCAAUCGAAGUAUAUGCACUAACAGAAGCAUGUAAUGAAGACAAAGAUACUCACAAAGUUAACCUUGGCGUUGGUGCGUAUCGCACAAAUGAAGGCAAACCAUGGGUUCUACCUGUAGUUCGAACGGUUGAGUCCCUCAUGGCGGCUGAUCAUAACCUUGAUAAGGAAUAUCUUCCAGUAUCUGGUAUUGAUAUUAUGUGCAAAGCGGCAACUAAACUCGUCCUUGGGGAAGAUUGUAAACUGAUUGCUUCUAAAAAGGCAGACAGUUGUCAAACGUUGGGAGGAACAGGUGCAGUGUAUUUAGCCUCCAGUUCCUAUCAAAUAUUUCCAAAUGUACUACUGUCUACAUUUCCAACCCUUCAUGGCCUAACCACAAGGGUAUAUCUCUCCUUGUCCGUUUGGACAUAA